UAGGUAUAAAAGGUGCGCGAGCGCAUUAAUUGGCCAGACUACAUUUUUACUUCAGUAGCAACAGUCAGAAACAUGCGCUGCCUAUCUUUCUUCGCCCUUAUCGCUGUAGUAGCUGCCAAGCCAGCGCCAGGUUUGCUCUCAGGACUGGACUACGGCUCCUACGGCUUAGACCACGGAGCAUCGUUAAGCUUAGAACACGCUGCUCCCCUUCAGUUGAUUCACUCUGCCCCAGUGAUCCAGGCUGCUCCAGUCAUCCACUCUGCCCCAGUCAUACACGCUGCUCCAAUCGCUGUUGCUAAAUCACAAGCCACAAGCUAUUCUUCCUUCCAAAGGGUGAUCCACCCAGUGGCGCAUAAGAUCGUGCAAGCUGCCCCUGUGGUCCAGGCCACUAAGAUCAUUCAAGCCUCUCCCAUAAUCCACUCAGCGCCCAUCCUCUCCCUGGAUUCUCAUGGCCCCAUCUCUUACGGUCAUGGUUGGUAAAGGGGUCUAAUAAUAUAAGUAACUAUGUAUUGUCUGUUAGCGCGUUGAGAUCAUGCCCGAUAUGUCGGGGUGGUGCAAAU